AUGAGUAUGGUAUUCUGGUUGUUGAAGCACAAGUGUCCCCAUCACGAUGGACCAGAAGGGGAACCUCAUCAGUGCCCCUUUCAGGACCUGGAGAUGAUGGAGGGGCAGGAGAAUGUAGUGGCAGGAGUUCGUGCUGCAGCCGCUACCUUUGAUAGCGGGGAACAAUUUCAAAAUAGACGUAAAUCAUCAGUCAAGUCAGAUAUUCUAGAACAGUUUAAGAUUCCUCCAGCAGCGCCGUUAGUUUCCAAAAGUCUGGUUUCCAAAUUCUUGUCUGAUCGUAACGAGAAGAAGAAACCCAGGAGAAGAUUCUCUGAUGCUUCUACUGAAGAUGAGCUGGAUGUUGGAUACUCCAUGGAAACAAGUAGCGUAGCGAGCGAAACUGAAACUCUCGUUACCACGGUUGAUUAUAAACGUCAUCGUGAGGAAGUCAGUUCCGAGAUUUCCAUAGAUACUGGAAACGAAUCGUUGUUGAGCGAUUUUGAGGAAUGUGAAUUGACAACGAUCCCCGAAUCAGACAUAGAAUGUCCUGAUGAUGAGCGCGAAGCUGUGGUUAGUGAUUUUGAUAUCCUCAGCGUGGACGAAUCAACCCAGCAAGUAGACCUUGAGGACACCAUUACUGAAAGCUCUGUGAACAUUUUGGAAGCAGAUACUCAGGAACUAGAUGCAGAAAUAGCCCAGAUCCGAUCAGAAAUUCAGGAAAAAGUGGAAUCGUCAUUUAAUUUCACACAAUUAGAAGAUCCCCCUCCAGCAGAAGAAGUGUCGUCUGAACAUGUUUUGAGUCUUGAAGAAGUUUUGACGGCUGUUAAAAACGAGAUUGUUGCUAGUGAUGGGUCGUCUGUUUCUAGGUUGAAGGAUGGUGAUGAGCUGGAACCAGGUAAGAAAUUCAAGACCGCUUAUAAAGAUGGUGUCGCCACCUUGUCUAUUAAAGACCUUGACCUUGAAGAUGGAGGUUAUUAUACCUGCGUUGCUAAGAACGAACUUGGUGACAUUAAAACUAGCGCUGAUCUCAAGAUAGAAGAGGUUAGACAUAGACGUAAGAAGAAGGAGGGAGAAACAGCCUCGAAAUUACGAACCAGAAAACAAUCACUAGAUACAGGCGACAGUGAAAUAUCUCCAGAAUUUAUCCUGCCAUUGUUAGAUCAGGUUAAACAAGUUGGUGAUUAUAUCGAACUUACUGUCACAGUGAGAGGUCGACCUGAUCCUGAAGUUGUCUGGUACCAUGGAGAUAUCAAACUGAUACCAUCUGAGAGAAUUAAUAUCAAGGAAUCUAAAUCUGUAUAUAGACUGAUAAUACAGGAUGCUCUGACUACCGAUUCUGGUGAAUAUAGAUGUCAAGCCACGAACCAACAUGGACAGUCAUCUUCAUCUUGUGAACUCAAGGUCAAAGAAAAAAUACCAGCUGGUUGUAUGGCGCCAGAAUUUACCCAGAAACUAGUGAAUAUGACGAUCACGGAGGGAAGUCGAGCCAGACUAGAAUGUAUGGUGUCAGGAUCACCAACACCUCAAAUAGAAUGGUAUAAAGAUCGUAAGCGAAUAGACUCAGAUAGAAGAUGUAGAAUGAAGAUGGAGGACGAUGGAUUCUGUGUUCUCUCUAUACAGGAAGCUAUGAUUGAUGAUUCAGGAUCGUUUAUGUGCAGAGCUAUCAAUGAGGCAGGCACAGCUUCUACAGAGGCUAUAAUCAGAAUACAGAAAAUGAAAAUGGAGCCAUCUCACGGAGAAGAUGCUGAAGACCUGGUUGAUGCCCCAAUGAUGAAAUAUAAAUUUCAGACACCACCAGACUUUACAGUACAGUUGAGAAAUAAAUCGGUACCGGAAGGUUCCUACGUUAAAUUGUCCUGUUCCGUCCUGGGAAUACCUGAACCGUCUAUUCGCUGGUUUAAACAUGGUGAAGAGAUCACUAAAGACAAACACUACAGUGUUAGGAAUAACUAUGGUUUACUGUCACUGGAGAUACAACAGGCAUCAAUCCAGGAUAUUGGAUCCUAUACCUGUGAAGCUAGAAACAGUGAGGGAACAGUUACCUGUAACGCCUAUCUUGAUGUUGAAUGUCUAGAUGAAGAGGUGACAGAACUAGACUUUGCCCGCCCCAAGUUCCUGACACCACUACAAGAUAUCAGUGUAGUGGAAGGAGAAGAAGUAGUAUUUGAAUGUGUUGCUGUGGGUAAACCAAUGCCCAAAUUCAAAUGGCAAAAAGAUAUGAUAGAGCUAACAGAUUCCUCUAGAAUAACGGUAAUAGCUGAACGUGAUGGUACUGCUAAACUGAUUAUAAAGAAAGCUAAACGAUCUGAUGCUGGUCUGUUCUACUGUAUUGCCUAUAGUAAAUCUGGAAGAUGUAAAUGUUCAGCUACACUCAGAGUCAAAGCUGCAGCCAGAUCACCUCCUCGCGAGAAACAGAAACGUGACGAACAUCUCCAGAAGGUUUGGGCAGAACGUAUUUACGACGCUCCCGAACAGCUGACAGAACCGGGCAAACCACCGAACUUCACUUUACAAUUACAACACACUGUAGAAUUGUGGGAAGGAGAGAAACUAAAAUUAGAUUGUUCUGUCGAUGGUCUUCCUCCACCAAUGGUCACAUGGCACAAGGGCUAUCGCGAUCUGUCUUACGGCAGUCGUCACCGUAUUAUGAUGUUAGGUUUGAUGCAUACAUUUGAGAUACAGUCUGUGAUGUUGACUGAUUCAGGAGAGUAUAUUGUCCGAGCUACCAAUGUAUUUGGUAUUAUAGAGACUUCAUGUAAGGUCGUAGUUAAACCAAGACCUGAAGGCAUGGAAGGUGAUGUCCAUCCAUUAGUCAGUGAACCAGAAUUUGGACCAACCAGAAAGAGAGCUGCUCCAUUCUUUAUCAAGCACCUGCCACGUAAUAUAGAUGUAAUGGAGGGAAUGAAUGUUAGAUUGGACUGUAUAUUAAAAGAUGGACAGGAACGAAUUACUUGGCAUCUACAAGACAGUAAAAAAGAGAAAGCGAAACUAGAAGAUGAAGGUUUUGAAGGAGAUUAUGUGCCGAUGACAGAUAAACCUUCAGAUAAACCUAUCAUUAAACUCAAACCUAAAGAUGUUGAUCAACCUAAAGAAGAAGACAUGGUAGCCCCGUAUUUUAUUCGUAAGCCAGAAGAUCUCUACCUAACCCUAGGUAGUGAGGCCAUAUUGGAAUGUGAAGUGGGAGGAAACCCCACCCCUACUCUAGCUUGGUCUAAGGCUGGUAAAGUAAUAAAAAAUAGCGAUUCCCUUAAACUAAUAUCCAAGGGAGGUAAACAUCAGCUCCGUAUCGCUGAAAUAAUUAAACCAGACGAAGGUAAAUAUUCUGUCAACAUCUCGUCCCCAGCUGGAGCUGAUUCCUGCUUCGCCAGAUUAGAUAUUGAAAUCGAGAAACCAGUUACGCCUAAGGUUGAGAGAAGAGCCAAAUCAAAGAAAACUCUACCCACAACUUUUACCAAGCCCUUAGAAGAGGAGGUGACAGCUGUAAAGGGAGAUAAUCUAGAAUUAGUUUGUAAAAUUGAAGGAGCUUUAAAAAUUGUCUGGGAGAAGGAUGGUAAACAGAUAACUAGAGAUGUUUGGUCUGAUGAAAAUGGAACUCAAACACUACGUCUGAAUAAUAUUAGUGAUAAACACAGUGGAUUAUAUGCCUGUGUUGCCACAUUCCCUGAUAAAAUUAUCAUUAAAACAAGAUCCUGGGUGAAUGUCACAGACAAACCUCAACCUUCAAAAACAUCAUCUAAAUCUCCGUCUCCUUCUUCACCGAAAACUCAAUCUGAUGAUGGAAACUUUAAACCUGAAUUCCAAUCCGAAUUACAAGAUCUAGUCUGUCGUGAUGGUGACACAGCCUCAUUUCAAUGUAAGGUCAAAGGUGAACCACGCCCCCAGGUCACAUGGUUACGAGAUGGUGAAGAACUUCUUGAUGGACAGGUUUACCAAAUAAGCACAAUAGGAGACAAUUGUCAGCUACAGAUAACCGAAGUUUUCCCCGAGGAUGAGGGAGUUUAUUCCUGUCGUGCCGUCAACUCACAAGGGGAGACAACCCAGUCCUGUAAAUUAAUAGUCGAAGAAAUUAUUUAUGUAGAAAAUCGUAAAAAAUGA